AGCACAAAAAUGGAUCGCACAAGCUACUAGCUUAUUAAUUAUUUUCAUUGAAAAUACAUUUAAAACAAACAAAAUGGGAACGCAGAAACCUGGAGAAUGGGCUAAUUCGCUCAUUGCCCGAUUCGAAGAACAACUACCAUACAAAACGGGGGCUCAGAACCUCCAUUCUCGUAUAAAUGAAGAACAGUGCAAAGCAUGUUUAGUUCAGAUAAGUCGGCAUCGCUUCUCUUUGGUGAUUGCUGGCUUAACAAAAAUAUUGCAGAGAGUCAAUGAAUUGCAUCAACCAACGACCACUACAUGCGUCAACCGGCCUCAAACGGAGCUGGAGAAGGGUUACCAUGAUAGUUUAGUAAUAGUCUUAGAUACACUAGAGAUAUGCCUCAGCUCUCAGCCCAAGGACACGGCGAAGUACGAGGAAGCGAUGAACGUUAAGAUCUUAUUGCGAGAAGUUUGCCAAUUUAUUGAUCUCCGAAACGAGAGCAAUGUCAACAGCACCCUCCUCAGGCAAUUAGCGAGUAAAGUACUAUUCGCUCUCAGUCUCAAUUUUUUCAAUGCAGUUUUCAAUAAGAUAAGCGCACGAUUACAGGAAUUAGCAUCUAGCUCAGAAGAAAAUCCCGAUUACACUGAUAUAGAGCUGAUACAGCACGUCAAUGUUGACAUAUUGAGGCUUAUACGACUUUUGACAGAAUCUAUUCAAAAGUUUAAAUUGUUAAGAAAAUCAGCGCAUAUAGUACUCGUUGUGUCGCUGGAGAAAGCUGUCUGGAAUUGGAUGGACACAUACCCGCAGGAAUUCGCAGAAGUCCAAUGCCGGCCUAAUGAUGAAUUAAGUAAAUGCUGCGACACACUCUUCGACAUCCUACAAGAUAGUUUCUCGGACAACAAGAAGUCGAGGGUGGCGAUGUGGCCGCUGCAGAUUAUGUUAUUGAUUUUGAAUCCUAAAGUUCUGGAAGAAAUAGUGAACGCUGACAGCGGGGCGCCGUGCAGUCCGCGACACACGAAGAAGAAGCACUUCGUAGACACUGUUAAGCGCGGACUUAGCCCCCAAAACAAUUCGAAGCAGAUGACAGAAGCAGCAAUAGUGACGUGCGUUAAGCUCUGCAAGGCCUCGACUUACCUGAACAUAGCUGACUCCGGCAACGUUACCUUCGUGCUCGUCAAAUCCGUCAUUAAUGACCUUAAGUCGCUGCUGUUCAACCCCAACAAGCCGUACGCUCGCGGCGCGCCGUGCCCCGGGUACUCGGAGCUGGACCUGCUGACGGACUGCUUCGUGUCGCUGUUCCGCAUCACGCCGCACUCCAACGACACGCUCAAGGUGUGCCUGAACCUCGUCACCAACAUCUCCUACCACUACGUCAUCGUCGACUCGCUACUCAGGAUAAUUAAACAGCCUCGAUUGCCGUGGUGGCCGCAAAUUGAGCUGCUCUACCCGAGAGCUGCGGAACUACGUGCAAUGUUUACGGACACGUUGAAUAAAGCAUCGCAGGGCUAUAUAGUCCAAACGCCAUUAAGAAUGAUAUCAUUAUCACUAAAGUCUAAGGAAGUUCAAUCGAAAUUCAACAAGUCAGAAGAGAUGUCAGCGUAUAGGAACCUGCUCCUACUGCUGGUGAAACUAGUUCACGCUGAUCCCAUGCUCAUGUUGAGUAAUCCCGGCCGUACGGGGAUAGAGAUCCAAUCGUCUACUACGGAACUGAUCAACGGGCUCGUAUCACUUGUUCAUCACACCGGGAUGGAGGAGAUAUCCCAGGAGGCGAUGGACGCGCUGCUCGCCCUACACAGGCCGGAUAGGGUGCACAUGUGGAACCCUGAAGCGCCGCUCAACACUUUCUGGGAUAUCAGCUCGCAAGUUCUGUACAACAUAAGUCAGAAGCUGAUCCAGCGACAGAUCGGGAACUAUCGCGAAGUGCUGCGUUGGCUGCGCGACGUGCUGACAUGCCGGAACGAGUUCCUCGCCAAGCACAAGGAGUACGCCAACGUCGGCUCACAGAUACCGAUAUGCAAACAGGCGCAUAUUAAGUUGGAGGUGGUGUUCUUCAUGUGCCUGUGGUCCAUCGACACGGAGGCGGUGCUGGUGGCCAUGUCGUGCUUCGCGCUGCUGUGCCAGGAGGCCGACACGCGCUGCGGCUCGGACGACGUGUCGGCGCACACGCUGCUGCCCAACUACGCCGUGUUCCAGGAGAUCGCGCACACCUCCACCGUGCUCACCACCGGUUCAGCAGCUCUUCAAAAACGUAUAAUGGCAUUGCUGAGGAAGAUAGAACAUUGCGUGAACGGUGUUCAGCCUGUCUGGGAGGAGACGUUUAGACGUUGGUACUCGCUGUGCAAGCUGCUGCAGAAGUACCCGAAGGGCGUGGCGGGCGACGAGCCGCCCGAGCCGCCGCACCGCGCCGCCGCCAAGCGCCGCGUGGCGCCGCACAGCGACCACGACGGGGAGAUGCAAAUCCAGGAAUGGGCGAACAUGACCUCGUUCCUGUGCGCUCUCGGUGGAGUUUGUCUUCAACGUAAGCCGGCCCCCGUGUGGUCUCAAUUGCACACUCACGAUACCAGAAAGUAUAAUGUUUUACCAAAAACGUCCAAAGAAGUCCAGUACUGUCCGGUCACCCAAUUCAUUGGCCAGCUAUUAAGAUUACUACUCUGCAGUAACGAACGCUUCGGCGCCCAAAUACAGAGUCACGUCAAGGAAUUGGUCGGCAACGAAAUGUCUCCGGCACUGUACCCGAUACUAUUCGAUCAAAUAAAAGUAAUAGUCGACAAGUUCUUCGAUCAGCAACAACAGGUGAUGCUAACAGAUAUAAACACGCAAUUCGUCGAACAUACGAUAUUCAUAAUGAAAAGUAUAUUGGAUAAUAAGAAGAACGACCAGCCCUGUGAACAUCUUAGCACUACAUCCAUCGAAGGAUUGAUGUUAGCCAUUGUUAGAUACGUCCGUCACCUAGACAUGACGGUGCUGUCCGUACAUAUCAAGACGAAGCUCUGCCAAGUCGUUGACGCAAUGAUGAGGCGGAGAGAUGACCUAGCUUUCAGACAGGAGAUGAAGUUCCGCAAUAAAAUGGUGGAGUACGUCACAGACUGGGUCCUCGGGACCUCCCAUCAAAUCGCACCGCCCCUGAGGGCGGACGCUUCCUCCAUUACCAGGGAGCUGGACCAGGCCUGCAUGGAGGCCGUGGCGGCGCUGCUUAAAGGUCUGCCGCUGCAGCCCGAGGAGUCCGACCGUGGAGACCUCAUGGAGGCCAAGAGCCAGCUUUUCUUAAAGUAUUUCACUCUAUUCAUGAACUUACUGAACGAUUGCAACGAGGUCGAGCUGACGGAGGGCCCGGGACGUCUGGCGACCUUGAGGAACGCGACCAUCCAGGCCAUGUCCAACUUACUCUCCGCGAAUAUCGACUCCGGACUCAUGCAUAGUAUUGAUUUGGGCUACCAUCGCGAUUUACAAACGCGAGCUGCAUUCAUGGAAGUUUUGACGAAGAUCCUGCAGCAAGGCACAGAGUUCGACACCCUGGCAGAGACCGUUCUGGCGGACCGCUUCGAGCAGCUCGUUCAGCUCGUCACCAUGAUAUCGGAUAAGGGUGAGCUGCCGAUCGCUAUGGCGCUGGCGAGCGUGGUGGGCUCCGCUCAGAUGGACGAGCUGGCGCGCGUGCUGGUGUCGCUGUUCGACGCCAAGCACCUGCUGGCGCCGCUGCUCUGGAACAUCUUCUACCGGGAGGUCGAGGUCUGUGCGGUCUCGGACUGCAUGCAAACGUUAUUCAGGGGGAAUUCGCUGGGCAGCAAAAUUAUGGCCUUCUGUUUCAAAAUAUACGGCUACGGAUACCUCCAGAGCUUACUGGAGCCGCUGAUAACAGCGCUGCUGGAUCAGGCGGAUUGUAACGCUAGUUUGAGCUUCGAAGUCGACCCCGCUAGGUUAGACCCGACCCACGACAUAGAAAUCAACAGGAACAAUCUCCGAAACCUGACACACGAGGUCUUCGAGAGGAUCAUCGGUUCCGCCGAUAAAUUCCCUUCGCAGCUGCGGAGCAUGUGUCAUUGCUUGUACCAGGUCCUAAGCAAGAGAUUCGUCCAGUUUCCGCAGACAAGUGUGGGAGCGGUUGGUACCGUUUUAUUCUUACGGUACAUAAAUCCAGCCAUAGUGUCCCCUCAGGAGAUGGGAAUAGUGAAAAAACCCAUUCCACCUCACAUCAAGAGAGGGCUCAUGCUCAUGUCGAAGAUUCUGCAGAACAUCGCGAACCACAUGGAGUUCUCCAAGGAGCAACAUAUGUUGCCCUUCAACGAUUUCCUGAGGGAACACUUUGAAGCUGGACGCAAGUUCUUCAUAGAGAUAGCAUCGGACUGCGAGACGGUGGACCAGACCUCGCACAACCUAUCCUUCAUCAGCGACGUCAACGUGGUGGCGCUGCAUCGCCUGCUGUGGAACCACCAGGAGAAGAUCGGAGACUACCUGUCCUGCAGCCGUGACCACAACGACGUCGGGCGGCGACCCUUCGACAAGAUGGCAACACUUCUCGCCUAUCUGGGACCACCUGAACAUAAGCCUGUGGAAUCCACUUCAAGUCUUCUGUUCUCGUCGUACGCGCGCUGGUCUUCCAUUGACAUGUCGUCAACGAACUUCGAGGAGUUUAUAGUCAAGCACAAUAUGCACCAGAAAGAAGAAUAUAAGAGCAUAAAGAGUUUAAAUAUCUUCUACCAGGCCGGCACCAGCAAGAUCGGGAACCCGAUCUUCUAUUUCAUUUCUAGGAGAUACAAGAUUAGUGAAACAAAUGCUGACUUGCUCAUAUACCACGUGAUUAUAACCCUGAAGCCGUUCUGCCAGCAACCGUUCGAGUUGAUCGUCGACUUCACACACACGAACUCGGAUAACCGGUUCAGGACGGACUUCCUGCAGAAGUGGUUCAGCGUGCUCCCCGAGGUGGCGUACUCCAACGCGCAAGCUUGCUACAUCUACAACUGCAACAGCUGGGUGCGGGAGUACACCAAGUUCCACGAGUCCAUCCUGGCGCCGCUCAGGGGCAAUAGAAAGCUCAUAUUCAUAGAUAACCACAGUCGCCUCAGCGAUUACGUUGAUCCGGAACAGCAGAAGUUACCAGGAGCGACUUUGGCUUUGGAAGAAGAUCUAAAGGUCUUCAAUAAUGCUUUGAAAUUGUCGCACAAAGACACCAAAGUUGCCAUAAAGGUGGGACCUACGGCUCUUCAAAUAACGUCAGUGGAGAAGACGAAAGUGUUGGGUUUGCCAGUUCUCUUGAACGACGUUUACUACGCUUCGGAGAUUGACGAGGUGUGUCUCGUGGACGACAACCAGUUCUCGCUGUCCAUCAUCAACGAGUCGACCCCUCUGAGCUUCAUCCACAACGACUGUGACAACAUCGUGCAGUCCAUCAUACAUAUCCGGAACAGAUGGGAGCUGAGUCAGCCUGACUCGGUGACGGUCCACCAGAAGAUCCGGCCCAAGGACGUCCCGGGCACGCUGCUGAACAUGGCGCUGCUGAACCUCGGCUCCAGCGACCCCACGCUGCGGACGGCCGCCUACAACCAGCUGUGCGCGCUCACAGCCACCUUCCACCUCAAGAUCGAGGGGCAGCUGCUGGACACUUCGGGACUCUGCAUUCCUUCCAACAACACGAUCUUCAUAAAGUCGGUCAGCGAGAAAUUCGCUCACAACGAACCGCACCUGACCCUCGAGUUCCUGGAGGAAUGUAUACAGGGUUUCCGAGUAUCGACCAUUGAGCUGAAACAUUUGUGCCUAGAAUACAUGACGCCUUGGUUGGCUAACUUAGUCAGAUUUUGCAAGCCGUCCGAUGAGUCACGGCGUCAAAAGCAAGUUGGCCAAAUUUUAGAAAAACUGAUCACUCUAACCAUUGAGGAGACAGAAAUGUACCCCUCGGUGCAGGCUAAGAUCUGGGGCUCCAUCGGCCAGGUGCCCGAACUGAUCGAUAUGGUGCUGGACAGCUUCAUACAGCGAAGCGUCAACUCUGGUCUCGGAUCUCCAAUGGUCGAGAUAAUGGCGGAUACGGCGGUGGCCUUGGCCUCCGCGAAUGUUCAGCUCGUAUCUAAGAAAGUUAUCGGCAGAAUGUGUAGUGUUGUAGAUAACACUUGCCACUCGCCGACGGCGAUGCUGGAACAACAUAUGAUGUGGAAUGAUAUUGCCAUCCUCGCUAGAUACUUGCUGAUGCUGUCCUUCAACAACUGCCUGGACGUGGCGAGCCACCUGCCGUACCUGUUCCACACGGUGACGUUCCUCGUGUGCUCGGGCACCGUGUCCAUGCGCGCCGCCACGCACGGGCUCGUCAUCAACAUCAUACACUCGCUCUGCACCUGCAACUCGCCCAGCUUCUCGGAGGAGACGCGGCGAGUCUUAAUGUUAUCAUUGGACGAGUUCGCUUUGCCGAAAUUCUACCAAAUGUUCGGUAUAUCUAAAGUGAAGUCAGCUGCCGUGACCGCGUUCAGAAGUCCCUACAACAGACACACUGCAGAAUGGUACUCGGAGCAUUCGUACACUUGCUCGGAAUUGAGUUGUGGAGCGCCUUCAGCAUCCGGGGGUCUAGUGGGUGCCCUCACAGGGGCUCAGGCGGGCGGCUCGCAGUCUGACCGCGAACGUCUUCCACUACAGUCGUUGGAGAUCAUCGCAGACGCGUUACUCGAGAUCAUGGAGACGUGUAUGAAGGAUAUACCGAACUGUGACUGGUUGAACACGUGGACAUCUUUAGUGAAGAACUUUGCGUUUUGCUACAACCCGGCGCUUCAGCCGCGUGCGUUGAUCGUGUUCGGAUGUAUCAGUAAGCACGUAACAGAUGACGAUAUGAAGCAACUCCUGCGCAUACUCGUGAAGGCAUUGGAGUCGUUCAACGAUGUGGCGCUGCUGGAGGCCAUCAUCAUGUGCCUGACGAGACUGCAGCCACUGUUACACCCAGAAUCACCAAUCCACAAAGCGCUGUUCUGGGUCGCGUUAUCCGUUCUACAGUUGGACGACCCGACGCUAUACGCGGCCGGUCUCGCCCUGAUGGAACAGAAUUUACACACCCUGGACUCGCAAGGAGCUUUUGAUAAUAAAACAUUGGAGGAUGUGUUGAUGGAAACACGGGAGCCCCUCGAAUGGCACUUCAAGCCGCUCGAUCACGCCGUCGGACUGAGCUUCCGCUCCAACUUCCACUUCGCGCUGGUGGGCCACCUCAUCAAGGGGUUCCGCCACCCGGCGGGCGGCACGGUGUCGCGCGCGUGCCGCGUGCUGUCCGCGCUGCUCGCCCUCGCCGCGCGCCCCGCCCGCGACAAGUUCCAGCUCACCACGCGCACCGUCGCCUACCUCACGGCGCUGGUGUGCGUCAGCGAGGAGGUCCGGUCGCGGUGUCCCGUCGAGCACUCGCUGCCGAAAUGGUUGCCGGAUAAUUGCGACCACUACUGUCCCGCCGUUGAACACCGUCGGUCUUCAAUGCUAAUUCAGCCACAGUCUUCCCACACCUCGUGUCACGGUCGAAGGCAGAAGUCGUGGGACGUGCUGGACCAGACUACGUCUUCAGUACACGGGGGGAAAUCCCCGACCCCUCAGCCGCCGAGCAGCGGCGGUCACAGCCCGCACUUACUUAAUAUUGCACAUCAGGCGUCGGCUAGGAUGCGUUUUAAAACCCAACGCUCGUUUUCCGUGCCUACUUCCAAGGACACCAUAGGAGCACCGAGGGAUAGCGAAGGUCGUGCUCACAGUGUGCAGCACGGUGCGACCGGGGACGCCGCGAGGGACUUGGAAAUUGACAGCGGACUCGACCCGGUAGACGAUGACGGUCGUGGUUCUCCCGGCAGCACGGACGAGACUGAACGCCCUUCGUCCACCAAGUCUGGCGAUAGCGAUUGCCCGGAUGCCGCUACGAAGCAAUCAUCUCAAGACAAAGAGUCUAGCAGUCCGGAAUGCAACUCGCUGCUAGACCCGUCCGUGCUCUGCGACUUCACCACGCAGGCGCUCGUCUUGACCGUUCUCGCCACACUGGUUAAAUAUACCACAGAUGAAGAUGAAAUAAGGAUACUGUACCAGUACCUGGCGGAGGGCUCAGUGGUGUUCCCGAAAGUGUUUCCCGUCAUCCACAGUCUCCUGGAUAUGAAGAUCAACCAUGUUCUAAUGCAUUGCCACGAUCAAGUGAUUCUGAGCGCGGUACAGAGCAUCAUACAGAAUAUGAUAGCGUCGGAGGACGCGAGUCAGCAGCAGCUGCACUACAUGCAGAGUUGCGGCUUCGGAGGCCUCUGGAGGUUCGCGGGGCCCUUCACCAAGAACCAGUGCACGGCGGUGAGCAGCGAGCUGUUCGUGAACUGCCUGGAGGUAAUGGUGGAAACCUGUCUCCCGGGUGACGACUGCGAGCAGCAACCGCCCCCCGACCCCGACCGACUCGAACGACCUGAGCGCCCCGAGCGACUCGACCUGCAAGACCUCGACCAGCGGUUUCCGGGGUAAUCGCCAACCUACAAUAUUCUGUCCAGAUCAAGAGUCGUAGUUUAAUAAUGACGCGUUGGCAAUUGUAGAAAAAACUGCAAACGAAAAUUAAUAAUACCAAACCCAUACCUUAAAAAAAAUGGUGCAAAUAUCCACAAACGUAAAAAAACAAUGAAUCGAGGAAAGGAACAAAGCAUUCUGUGCCCUAUUGCUAAAAGGCCUAAAGUAUAUUUUUGAUUCAAAUGUAAAUAUCAUUUGCUAAAUCGUUUAAAAAUAAUAAAAUUAAUUUGCAACACGGCAUAAAGUUCAUAUUGUUCAUACCAACAGUACUAUACAAAAGGGUUAUGUUAUAUUGAACAAAGAACAUCUAAUCCUCGUUUCUAUUUAUAUAACAAAAGAAAAGGUUAUUGAUAUAGGCCCUUCUAGCACCGGGACACAGCGUUAUAUAUAAUAAUAAUUAAUAUGCUAUUAGUUAAUUACUAAAUUUACGCGCAAAAUGUAUUUAAUACCGAUAUAAUUACAGUAAAUACACAGUAGCACUUCUCUUUUUUUCAAUUUCAAGUUCAACUAGUUCCGUUACAAACUUCAUCGACAUUCCAAAUGAUUUAUUCGCGAAUCCAUAAUGAUUAAAUACGACUUAAUUGAUUAUUUAUAUCUCGACCAAUGACGUCAUAUCCAUGUAAUGUCAAAGCUCUUUAUUUAUCUUUAAUCCUUGUUUUAGUUCUCACACGUAUUUUAGAUUUCGACCAAUGACGUCACGCCGAUUCAAGGUCAAUAGUUGUUUGUUUAUCUGUCACUCUGACGUCAUUGGAAUCGAUUAUCAAUGUUGAUCGAAUCGGCAACAAGCCGAGCCCAUUAUUGUUUCACUUGAAUUUAUAUAUAUAUUAUUGUUUUCAUGCUGGAUGAAGUAAAUUUAUUUUUAUAUAUAUCGGCCGUGUGAACAGGCGUUAAAGUAAGUGUCCUGUGCUCCUGCUUCUGAACUGCUUGAGCUGGUCAUGUUAUAUGAGAUCACGUCGGGGUUCACCAAAGGGGUCACCAAUUAUACCUUUUCCUUACCUUAAACUUCAAUUAAAUUCGACGUCCGAUUAACACCUGGGUCACAGAGCGCCUGAAUAUAAUUACACAUGUGUGCACACGGCACAUAUACAUUUCUAUAAACACAAAAUCUAGACAAGCAUCCAUACAUCGAUAUAUAUUUUGCCCAUAACACUUAGGUGCAGUUAGGUUUUGUUUUCUUUUAAAACGUUGCACAAUGAUGAUUAAAAAAUGCUAUGAUAGUUUUAAAGAACGCGUAGCUGAUAGUAUUCGAAAUGACCCGAACAUAUUUUUGGAACUUUUUUAAACAACAAAGAAAAAAUGGCACUAAACGUAUACCAAACGAAAUGUCUCUAGAUGACCACGUAGUGAAGGGAGGGAAAGAUAUAUGCAACGCUUUUGCUAAAUAUUUCGCAUCGGUAUAAAUAGAAAGCACAAAUUAUGAGGUAGUAAAUAGUUCUUCGACAUUAAUUUUGAACAAUCGAACUCAAUUUCGGAAUUCUUAUGCACCAUUUAAUAAUUGUGAGCUUACUGAAGAUGAAGUUUU